AUGCAUACAGUGAAUUCAUUACACUCUCUUAAUGUUUGGGGGGGGGGGGGGGGGGACAGAAUUCCUGCUCAUCAGACAGCGAAGACAAUACGAAGAAAAAGAAGAGGGAUACGAAGAAGGGCAAUUCGGACAGCGAGGAAGACAAGAAAAAGAAGGAAAAGAAGAAAAAGAAGAAGAAGGAUAAGGACUCGAGGAAGCGAGGAAGACAGGAAAAAGAAGAAGGAUAAGAAGAAAAAGAAGGACUCAUCUGACAGCGAGGAAGACAAGAAAAAGAAGGACAAGAAGAAAAAUAAGAAGCAUAAGAAGGACUCAUCUGACAGCGAGGAUGAUAAGAAGAAGAAGAAGGACUCUUGUUCUGACAGCGAGGAAGAUAAGAAAAAGAAGAAGGGUAAGAAGAAGAAAGAAAAGGGCUCCUCUUCUGGAAGUGGUGAUGAUGAUGAGGAGAAGAAAAGGAAGAAAGACAAGAAGGACUCCUGUUCCGAUGUUGAGUGAGAAUCUAAGAAAAAACAGAAGAAAGAUGACAACAAGAAAGACGAUGGACCUGAGAAUGAAAAGUGUGGAGAGCUGAUAAAGGAGGGGAAACGUGCAGGUGGCUUGGUGAUGGGAGGAGGGUGCAUGGAUACAAAACCAUCUGACGAGGGAUCAGCUGUUCCUCCAAUACCCACCCUGAAGAUGGAAUCCUGGGGGCUGUUGGCGGACGCCAGACCCAACACUCGCCAUGUGUUCCUUUAUAGCUCCUCAUCCUCUCUCAGUCCCAGGGAUAUCAGCCCCUCCCGCCUGCCACUCAGUCCCAUGGAGGCCCUAAUGGGGAACCCAGCCAAGACCAGUGAUCGUGACCCACUGACCGGGAGAGGACCAGCCAGCAGCAGAACCACACUGCUCAAAUCCAUUGAUCUGUUCAGGGCCCUAAGCCUUAUCAGCCUUAAUUAACAUGUAGAUUGGAAAAUAGGUCAAGAUGAUUCAUGCUCAUUACAAUCAGGUGUACAGGCUGAAAAGUGAUCAAAUGUAGAACGUUCUGUCAGAAAUAAAGAAAUCAUGUCAAUAGGUACAA